ACGCCUUCCUUAACACGCCCUUCUCUGGGGAGGCCAGAAACUUGGCACUGGGGCAGUAAGUUUUCAGAGCCACAGCGGCGGCUUUGGAGGAGACCAGCAAAACAGUGUGUUUGGGAACUCCAGUUCUCUACCUAUUUGUGUCGUGUGGGUUAAUGGAUUUUUAGUACAAAGAAAGCGUAAACUCAGCUGGCUUGAAAGACUGGAAUUUCGGCUCUCCUCAUUUGCUGGGAUGUUUUUCCUCCCUCUUCCUCUGACAGUUCUUUAAGCCUGACUACCAGGAUUAGGAAAGCACUUGGGAGGGACAUUAAUCUUGCCAGCGUUGUCAGGAGUGAUCAGCGAGUUUUAUUAAAAAGCCUGGAUUGCCUGAAAGGCCUCCUUGUCUGAGUCUGAAUGGAAGGGGCAUGGUAAGAUCUUGGGGCAUGCUGUCGGGACCCCUGCUUGCCCUCUGGACCACGAGCUGACACUCCAGGAGGAAGUGUGGGAACCCUGCUUUGCUGAGCGGAUUGUGCCUGUGGGCAGAUCCGGCCCUGGCAUCAUGAACUCUCCAAGCUGUGCCGGGUCCAAGGCCCAACUGUCUUUACUGCUCCAGCUGCUUCUGCUGCACCUGGACCCCACCAGCACCACCUUCAUCAGCGUCAACCAGGGCCUGAGGGUGAUGAAGGGCAGUUCUGCCUUCCUGUCUGGAGAUCACCUGAGUUUUGCCAUCCCUAAAGAGAAGGAUGCCUGCAGAGUGGAGGUGGUGAUGAAUGAGCCAAUCACCCAGAGGGUUGGAAAACUCACUCCACAGGUCUUUGAUUGCCAUUUCCUUCCCAACGAAGUAAAGUAUGUUCACAAUGGAUGCCCAAUUCUUGAUGAAGACUCUGUGAAGCUUAGAUUAUACAGAUUUACCGAAACAGACACCUUCAUGGAAACCUUUCUCUUGCGGGUCUUUCUCGUGGAACCCGACUGUAACAUCAUCCGUCUGAGCAGCAAUGCUCUGGAAGUGACUGAAUUCUAUGGCUUAUCCCAAGCCAUUGAUAAGAACCUGCUCCAAUUUGAUUAUGAUAGGACAGCCAGCCUGGACUGCACCAUUAGACUGGACUCAGUGAGGACCCAGCUGCCAGCUCAUGGCAGGCUGGUCGUGGUGAACCGUAAGCCAGAGGGGCCUCGUGGAGAUCAGCCACACAGCUUUUUCUCUGAGACCCAGCUGGGGCCAGGACUGAAGUGCCCACACGGAAGCUGUGCCCUGGAACUGAAGAAAGUGGCAAGUCUGAAACUGAGCUGUGAGGAGUUCCUGCUGACGGGGUUCCACUACCAACACCUGCAGCCCCCUUCACCCGACAUCGACUAUAUCCCCAUCCAGCUGGAUCUCACAGACAGGAGGAGUAAAGCCGUAUACAAGUCAGAGAGUGCGUGGUUGCCUGUUUAUAUCAGAGUUGGCAUUCCUAACCAGCCCCCAAGGGCUGCGUUCAUGGCCAUGUUUGUUCUGGAGGUGGACCAGUUCAUACUGACCCCCCUGACAACUUCGGUUCUGGACUGUGAGGAGGAUGAGACGCCAAAACCCUUAUUGGUGUUCAACGUCACUAAGGCCCCACUACAGGGCUACGUGACCCACCUGCUGGAUCAUACCAGAGCCAUCUCUUCAUUCACCUGGGAGGAUCUCAGUGGCAUGCAAGUCGCCUACCAGCCACCAAACGGCAGCUAUCCUGAGAGGAGGCAUUACAAGAUGGAGCUGGAGGCCUACGACUUCUUCUUUGAGAAGAGUGCCCCCAUCACAGUCCACAUCUCCAUCAGAACAGCAGACACGAAUGCUCCCCGGGUGUCAUGGAAUACAGGUUUGAAUCUCCUGGAGGGGCAGUCUCGGCCCAUCACUUGGGAACAGUUUCAGAUUGUUGACAAUGAUGACAUUGGUGCGGUGCAGUUGGUCACCAUUGGUGGGCUGCAGCAUGGAAGGCUUACAGUAAGAGAGGGUAAAGGAUUUCUCUUCACUGUGGCUGACCUUCAGGCUGGAGUUGUACGCUAUCAUCAUGAUGACAGCGACACCACCAAAGACUUUGUGGCUUUCAGAAUAUUUGAUGGCCAGCACAGCAGCCAUCACAAGUUUCCCAUCAAUAUCCUGCCGAAAGAUGAUAGUCCCCCGUUCCUCAUAACCAAUGUUGCUAUUGAACUGGAAGAGGGGCAGACCGUCCUGAUCCAAGGGUCCAUGCUGAGAGCUUCAGACAUGGACUCCAGUGAUGACUACAUCUUCUUUAAUAUCACCAAGUCCCCACAGGCUGGGGAGAUCAUGAAGAAGCCAGGGCCAGGACUGAUAGGGUAUCCUGUCCCUGGCUUCCUUCAGAGAGACCUGUUCAAUGGAAUCAUUUACUAUCGUCAUUUUGGUGGAGAAAUCUUUGAAGAUUCUUUUGAGUUUGUCCUGUGGGACAGCCAUGAACCCCCAAACCUCUCAGUACCACAGGUGGUGACUAUCCAUAUCACUCCAGUAGAUGACCAGCUCCCAAAAGAAGCUCCUGGCAUUUCCCGGCACUUGGUUGUCAAGGAAACAGAGGUGGCCUACAUCACUAAAAAGCAUCUACAUUUCCUGGACACGGAAUCACAUGAUGGGGAGCUCAUCUACACAGUAACACGUCCUCCAUGUUUCUCCUUCAGCCACAGACACCUGGAUGCUGGAAAGUUAUUCAUGGUGGACAGCAUACCAAAACUAACCAAAAAUCCUUCAGCCCUGGAGCUGAGGUCGUUUACUCAGCAUGCAGUGAACCAUAUGAAAGUGGCCUACAUGCCUCCCAUGCAAGACAUAGGUCCCACGCCUCGGCAUGCGCAGUUCACAGUGUCCGUCAGUAACCAGCAUGGAGGGACUUUGCACGGAAUCUGCUUCAACAUCACGAUUCUCCCAGUGGACAAUCAGGUUCCUGAGGUGUUUACCAACACUCUGAGAGUGGCUGAGGGAGGUCAGUGCACCAUCAGCACGGAGCACAUUUUGGUUUCUGAUGUGGACACCCCACUGGACAGUAUCUUCCUCUCUCUUCAGGAGAAGCCUCUGCAUGGCGGGGUAGAGCUGGAUGGAUUUCCUCUACUCCCAAGAAGCACAUUUUCUUGGCGAGACCUCUACACCUUAAAAGUUAGGUAUCAACAUGACGGCUCUGAGGUUCUUCAGGAUGAACUAUUCUUGGAGGUCACAGAUGGCACAAAUUCAGCAGAGUUCGUUCUACACAUUGAGGUGUUCCCUGUGAACGAUGAGCCACCUAUUCUAAAGGCUGACCUCAUCCCCAUGAUGCACUGCUCAGAGGGUGGAGAGGUGACUAUCACCCCUGAAUACAUUUUUGCUACUGAUGCAGACAGUGAAGACUCGAAACUACUGUUUCUGAUUUCCCAAGAACCUCAGUAUGGGGUGGUGAGAAAGUCUGGGAUCCAGGUGAACAGGUUCUCUCAGGAAGAUGUCGCCUCAGGGGCUGUGACAUACAAACACACAGGUGGUGAGACUGGCGUCACACCUUGCUUUGACACUGUUAUAUUGGUGGUUUCGGAUGGCGAAGCUGGACCUUUGGUGAAUGGCUGUUGCUACAAUGGACCUGAUCCAUCUGUUCCUCUUCAUGACUCCUUUCCCGUAUACAAGCUCAACAUCACGGUGCAUCCGGUUGACAACCAGCCACCUUCAAUUAUAAUAGGUAGGAUGUUCAUCGUGGAUGAAGGCUCCUCAGCAGCCCUUACUACUUAUCAUUUGACUGCCACUGACCCGGACACUGCCCCAGAUGACUUAGAAUUCGUUUUGGUUUCUCAUCCCCAGUUCGGCUACCUAGAAAACACACUCCCUUCUGCAGGUUUUGAGAAAAGUAAUAUGGGCAAAAGCAUAGCUUCACUCCAGUGGCGAGACAUGAAGGCGCUGCACAUUAACUACGUGCAGUCCAGGCACCUGAGGGUGGAGCCGACUGCUGACCGGUUCAUGGUCUAUGCCACAGAUGGGAAGCAACACUCGCUGGAGACAACAUUUCAUGUUAUCAUCAACCCCACAAAUGAUGAAGCUCCUGACUUUGUGGCACAGAACAUCACUGUCUGUGAGGGUCACAUGACAGAGCUGGAUUCUUCCAUCAUGAGUGCCACUGACGGGGACAUUCCCAAGGACCCCUUGCUCUUCAGCAUCGCUCAGAAGCCCCAGCAUGGCCUCCUCGUCGAUGCGGCGAUCAGCAAGGACCCUUCUCAGGUCAAGCAGCUGAGACAUGAAAUCCACAACUUCUCCAUGGACCUUCUCAGCAACGGAAUGAAGCUGGCCUAUGUCCAUGAUGACUCGGAGAGCCCUGCUGAUGGCUUUGUGAUCCAGUUGUCAGAUGGGAAGCACAAAAUACUUAAAACCAUUUCAGUAAAUGUCACUCCAGUGAAUGAUGAGAAACCAACAUUAAGCAAGGAGGCCGAAAUCUCAGUGGCUGUGGGCGAUACGCGUGUUCUGUCUAGUGCUGUUCUUUCAGCCAUAGAUAAAGACUCUCCCAGGGAGAAUAUUCACUAUUUAUUUGAAAGACUUCCCCAAAAUGGGCAACUUCAGCUUAAGAUAGGGAGGGACUGGGUCCCUCUCUCAGCUGGCAUGCAGUGCACCCAGGAGGACGUGGACCUGAACUUGCUGAGAUACACACACACUGGCAAAGUGGGUUCCCAGGAUGGAGACAGCUUCACCUUCUACCUCUGGGAUGGGGAUAACAGAUCACCUGCAUUUGACUGUCACAUCAUCAUUGAAGACUCCGGAAAAGGUGAUAUCGUCAUUCACACACAACCACUCGUGGUAGCCAAAGGUGACAGGGGGUUCUUGACGACUGCCGCUCUCCUGGCUGUGGAUGGAGCAGGCAAGCCCGAGGAAUUGCUCUACCUCAUCACCUCCCCGCCGCAGUACGGCCAGGUGGAGUACGUUCACUCUCCUGGAGUCCCCAUUACCAGCUUCAGCCAAAUGGACAUAGCAGGACGGACAGUCUGCUACAUACACGAGAGCAGGGCAGCUGCCCCCAAUGACAGCUUCAGAUAUACCAUCAGCAAUGGACUGCAGACCCAGCACGGUGUGUUUCAGAUCACACUGGAGACUGUGGACAGAGCCUUGCCUGUGGUGACCAGGAACAAAGGGCUGAGGCUGGCCCAAGGGGCCAUGGGUCUGCUGUCUGCUGAUCACCUUCAGCUGACUGACCCUGACACACCCCCAGAGACCCUAACCUUCCUUCUGAACCAGCUCCCACGCCAUGGGUACCUCUACCUGAGGGGGAAAGUGCUUCAACAUAAUUUCACCCAGCAAGAUGUGGACAGCGGGGGCGUGGCCUAUCAGCACUCAGGAGGCAGCUCCCAGGCAGAUUGCUUUACUUUCCUGGCUACGGACAGGAAGAACCAAGGCUUUGUUGUGGAUGGAAAAGUUCGAAAGGAGCCUGUUUUCUUCACCAUCCAGGUGGACCAGCUGGACAAAGAGGCACCUCAGAUCACUCACCUGCACUCCCCUUCCCAAGUGGGGCUCUUGAAAAGUGGCCGCUACGGGAUUUAUAUCACUUCCCGUGUACUAAAGGCAUCGGACCCCGACACGGAGGAUGGCCAGAUCAUUUUCAAGAUUUUACGAGGCCCAUUGCACGGCCAUCUAGAGAACACAACAACAGGUGAAUUUAUCCAUGAGCGGUUUAGCCAGAAGGACUUGAGCCGUAAGACCAUCCUUUACAUCAUAAAUCCAUCUUUGCAAGUGAAUUCGGAUAUCCUGAAAUUUCAGAUCAUGGACCCCACAGGGAACACUGCCUCUCCUCAAAGCUUGGAGCUGAAGUGGUCUUAUAUUGAAUGGUCUCAGACUGAAUAUGAAGUCUGUGAGAACAUAGGCUUAUUACCCUUGGAAGUUACGAGAAGGGGAUAUUCCAUCGAUUCAGCCUUUGUGGGCAUAGAGGUCAACCAAGUGUCAGCUGUAGUUGGAAAAGAUUUUACCAUCGCUCCAUCCAAGCUGGUUCAAUUUGACCCAGGAAUGUCAACUAAGAUGUGGAAUAUAGCAAUUACCUAUGACGGAUUAGAGGAAGAUGAUGAGGUCUUUGAAGUAAUUCUGAUCUCCCCUGUGAAUGCGGUUCUUGGCACAAAGACAAAAGCUGCAGUGAAAAUUUUGGACUCAAAAGGAGGACGAUGCCAUCCUUCAAAUUCCUUCAACCAAAGCAAGCACAGCACACGGGGGAAGGGCAUUUGGCAUCCGCAGCCCUCAGGGUCAUCCUCACUUACCACUGCUGGUUCUCCUCAUCUGGAAAGGAGGCACCGUCCAUCUUUCUCCAAAGGAGAUGUCCUUCAGGGCUUUGAUCUCACAGACCUCUCUCAGAGGAAGAUGAGGACACAUGGGAAUGGGAAAUCGGUUCUCCCAUCCUCUGUUUGUAAAAAUGGAACAGACACCAUCUACAAUUAUCAUGGCAUAGUGUCCUUGAAACUAGAGGGUGAUGGUUUCUCAGCUCACAAGCGGAAGGCCAAAAUAUCCAUCCAGAGUCAGCCGCAGAGGACAAUCACGGUGGCAGAGCUGCCUCCAGCUGAUAAGGUGGAAUCCACAACUGAUUCGCACUUUCCCAGACAGGGUCUGCUGCCCUUGUUUCCGAGGAACUGUUCUGUGGAAUUAAAGGGACUCUUUCACUUUGAAGAAAAAACCCACAGAUUGUAUCAAUGUGAUGGAGUCACCUGGAAGGCCUGGAGCCCCCAAGCUGAGGGGCUGAAGGGCAAAUCCUGCCCAGCUGGAUGGCAUCUUCACUCAGGCCACUGUCACACCUUGAUCACACAGCAGAAAGGCACCUGGACCACAGCCACCCGAGCUUGCAGAGAACAGUACCAGGGCAAUCUUGUGACCGUGUUCUCCAAGAGGCACAUGCAGUGGCUGUGGGAUAUCAGCAGAAGAAAGCCCUUCUGGAUAGGCUUGAAGAACCAAGUACGAACUGGCCGCUGGGAGUGGAUCGGAGGUGAACCUGUUGCUUUCACUAACUGGAAGAGAGGGCCCCCUCAGCACCCGAAGCCUGGACAGAACUGUGUUUUGGUUCACAAAAGAGGGCAGUGGCAAUCCCAGGACUGUAGUAAAGGCAAGGCUCACAAUUUUGUGUGCUCAAGGAAACUCUGAAUUGAUUGAGAAGAAAAGACACAAAUAACUAACACCAGGAAUGAGGCAAAAGCAACAGUCCGGCAUUCUUAGUGUGUUGUAGCUGUUCUUACAGACAAUGGGGACUAUCAGAAAUAGUUUAGGAGAAGAAAUUCAGCCGUCAGAACAAAAGUGAAUGAAUUCUCUGAAACACAAACUACUAACCCUCAAUAAAAAACAAACAGCUUAAAGAAAUCCUCUUACAACUGAAGCAUUUGAACGGGAAGUUUGAAAUUGUCUGAUCCAUCUUAUGUCAAAAACUCAUUUGCUUUGUCCUCUUGUAAAGACACCCACAAUAGCGGACCUGUGGAAAUGAGUUUGUAGUUGGGGCUGUUACAAAUAAAACUACUAUGAACACUCAUGUGUUGGUCUCUGAAUAGAUGCAAUGCUAUUUUUUCCCUUAUGUAAAUACCUAGAAGUGCAAUGGCUCGAACAUUGUAGAUUCUGCUUCUAAGAAACCACAAAAUUGUUUUCCAAAGUGGCCCUACCAGUUUCUAGCCCCACCAGAAGGGCCCAGGUAUUUCAGCCCUUCCACGUGCUCAGCAGCAUUUGGUGUGGUGAUGUUUCUAUGAAGUCAGUAGUUUUGGCACGCCAUGGGUUGAAGUCAAGUUUGCCUGGGGGGUAAUUGUGUUGGUCACAGUUCCAAGUGUAUAUUUGCUGUCUACAUAUCUUCUUUACUGAAAUACCUCUUCAAAUCCCUGCCCCAUUAAAAACAUUCUUGUUCUUAAGUUUUCCUCUGCAUUAAAAGAUGUUUUCUUCCUAUUCUUAGCUUUCCUUUCAUUUUCUCAGUGGUGUCUUGGUUGAGAUAUAUUAUCCAUUUGCAUUUGUUGUUGGGUUUGACUUUGUAAGAGUUUUUUUAGAAGCUUUUUUCUAUGUUCACAAGGUACUCUCUCAUUCUCUCUCUCUCUCUCUCUCUCUCUCUCUCUCUCUCUCUUCUCUCUCUCUCUCUGUGUGUGUGUGUGUGUGUGUGUUUUAAGAAAGGAUCUUAUGUAGCCCAGGCUGGCCAAGAAUUCACUGUGUACCCAAAGAUGACCUUAAACGAUCCUCCUGUCUCUGCCUCUCAAGUGCUAGGAUUACAGGUAUGUGCCACCACACCUGAAGCUCUUUUUCCCUUUAAGAAACUUCCUUGACACUAUUAAUAAUUGACAAAUAACGAACUAUACAUUUAACAUGUAUCAUUUGGCAUACUAUGUUUAUGUCAUUUCUUAAUUAAGAUAAUAAAUAUAUCCACUUCUUUCAAAAGUUUCCUCACAUCUCCUAGCACUCUCUCGAUGUUUCCAGUUUGCUUUCCCCAUCUCAAGGUAAUAAAUAAUUGACUUUCUGUCACUAUAGAUUGGCUUAUAACUUCUAGAAUUUUCUAUAAAUGGACUACAUAUGCACUCUACUAUUUUUGCCAUUCUUUUGCACUUAGCAUAAUUAUUCUCAGAAUCACACCAGUGACUAACUGCAGCAGUAGGAGGAAGUGGGGAGUGAGAACUGGGGUUUCAAGGUUCUGCAUUACAAGUGAUAACUUUCCCAUGUGUUAAGGCAUUUGUGUUCAAUGUGAAAAAGUUUUUAGGAGACAUCCAGAUGACUAAGAAAGCCCUCUCUGAAAGUCCCAGGAUGCCUUGCUUUUAGACAAGAACUGUGAUGUGCAAAUCCCCUUCUAAUAAGAACUAAAUGAAGGGAUGAUGUCUCCCCUGACAGAAAGGAGUGUUUGCUGUGCUAAUGGACUGAUCGUGGGUGAGAGCUACUUCCUGAGCAUGGCUUCUGGAACCACAUUAUUGAAAUUUCCUUUGGCAUUCAGCAUUUCAGCACACAUUUGCUGCAUAUGGAUCAUGCAUCAAAUCAAUAAUGACCUAAAUGGGGUUACACGUGGGAAGAAGAGUGGUUGGGUCUGUGUGGGAAUGAGGAAGCACUCAGGGCAGAAGCUGAUGAACAGGGAUGACCAGCAUCGGAAGUCUCGUAGCAAAUGCCUUCACCCAUUGCUUUCCUACCGAGGUCAUUUUAGUGACCGGAUACAAUAGCCUGCUUAGGGUUUUGCAUUAAGUUAAGCUGACCUUUGUGCAAAGGUUUCUUAGCCUGCCUGAGUUUACUGUCAACCUGGGCCCUGGCUCAGGCAAGUAGAAUAAAGCAAACCCUAACCAGGUUUGCUCUCUUUUUCCAUUUUUAUUGUAGCUGUUUUUUUUCAGUUAGUCUCCUGCCAUCUUGUUACUUAAUUCCCAUACCUAAAGGUAAUAUUAUGUGUAAUAUUUUAAUAUUUAUGUUACAGAUACUUAAGAUUAUGUUUCUGCAUAGGUGUUGCCAAGAUAGUAAAGCCAACUUUUAUUUAUAGAGGGUAGAAAAUAUAAAUCUGUCCAAAACCUUUCAUGAAAUGAAGGUUUUCAUAUUUUCAAAGAGUUGGUUCUGGUGCCUGCUCUUGGAGAGCCUCAGAGAAGGGCUGUCAAUACAAGGCGUCAUUGUUUUAGGUUUCUGAUCCAUGCUUUGCACCCCCCCACACACACGACUUUCCUUUCUUUUGGCAACUCCUCCCGCACUCCGUCCUACACUUGGCCCUGAGUCAGCUGAAAGCUUUGCAAGUUGAUUUUCCGUCCCAUCUGAAUUGCAGCUUAGCUGCAGAACUGUUUUCCAUGUGUUUUUAAUCAUUUGUCCAUGUGUUAUGAGCUUAUAGGGACAAUAUGGCUCCCCCAAGCUGCCUGCAUUGUAUAAGCAGAAACUGGCAAGGCGGCCAGGAGGGGAACGGUUUUCAGACAGAUGCCCCCUGCACUCUCUGUUGGUGAUACACCACCUCCGUCUCCCAACUGGAGCACAGCAACUGACAAGCUGCCUAGAGGUACCUGGCGGGCGCGUUCCCCUCCCGCCUCAGUUACCUUUCCUAGGGGUGUCAAAACCCUUCCCUGGAGAGUUGUCUGCAAACUGAGGCAGUAGGACAGAGUUCAGAUAGCUCGCAGAUGCAGCCAGCUUGGGAAAUAAAGAAUGGUUUAUUCGGAAUCCUUCGAGAUUUAGUGGAAAUUUGAUUUUAAAAUAGAGUCCAAGCAUGGAGAAUUAAGGAUAAGUCCUACAGGACAGAGACCCCUCUCAGAAAGUAAAGCACAGCCAGCCUCCUGUCAGGAGUUUCCAUCCACAACGGCUGCGAGAUUUGGGAGGUUGAAACAAACGUUCACAAAGCUAACUGUAGAGCUCGGGCCAGAAAAAGGAAUGAAACAGAAAACGUGUUCAAUAAAAUGCCUGUGCUUGGCUCUGUGACCCCUGCAGACUCCUGGAACAGUAGUCCUUACCCUGAAGAGUCAUCUCUCUGUGGCUAAGAAGAUACGCAUAGAUCUUAGUUAAGCCUAGCUCUAGCCGUCAUUAGGUGACUGAAUAUGGAAGGACCGAGCCCCAAGUGGGGCACAUGCCCCCAUUCCCAGCAUUCAGAGUUGGAGGGCUACCUGGGCUAUAUAGAAAGCACCUGUCUCAAGACUGGCAGCAGGCUGCUCUUGCAAAAGCUUUGACAUUCUCAUACCUUUCUUCCUUCUCCCCGAUGCUCAUUUCUCUCCCCAAACUACUUAAGAUUGACUUCAUGAAACAUAAUUUGAGUGCUACCAAGAGUUCGGGAAGGCAGAGAUGUCUCUCAAAGGAUGGAGGAGGUUUUAAAAAAGUGAAGGCCAGAUGUCUGUGGGUGGGCGUGCAGCAGAGGUUGGGUUUGAACAAACAAUCCCUCACUGACUUGUGAAUGAAGAUAAGAACUCUGAAGGGCAGAACACAAAAGCUUUUAUGGAUUCAGGAGACGUUUUGAAAGCAUUUGAGGCAGUCCAACACCAUGAAAAUGCUAAUGGAGGUGACGAGGAGUGCUUGCUAUGGGGCUUUUCGAUGAAAUAGGGAGAGGAUGCAGUUCUGAGGGGCAGGGGAAGGGAGGUGAGCUAUCAGGGUUUGAAGUCACCUGUGAGAAAUAAUCUGGUGGCUUCUGUCUUGCUCUGUGUAGGAAGGGAUAAGGCAGCUGAUGAAAACGAGGGCCAGACAGAGCGAGCAACGGGCUGAGACCACUGCAGUUUAAAUUUAUAGGGAAAAUGAAAGUUAUGAGUGUGAAACAUGCAUGCCACGGUUCAGAUGGCUGUGGUUCGGGGGUCAGAAUGUUGUGGGUGAGGAGGCCAAUGAAAGUGAGGAGUAUCUCAUUUCAGGCAGGGUUGACUGGACAGUCAUUGAUAGCAAUGGCAUGUUAUCAGUAUAACACGGUUAAAAUCCAUCCCCAUGGACAAAGAAGUGACCCAGAAUGACAAGCCAAAAGACAGUGCUGUUCUUGGUGAAGUCUGGGGACAUAUGGUGCCCAAAAGCCUUCUAUUCACAAGCUCAGGUAGCAGUUAUGACAGCAAGGACAGGCAGUCUUCGAGGGAGAAGGGACCAGGGGAAGGCUCGCACUUGUCUGUGGAACAUCUUUGUAUUAUUUAUAACUGGUUACUUAUGACCUACUCAAAAAAGAAAGGAAAUUUGUUGUAUAAUCUCCACUGUAUUUCCUUGUGCUCAGUGAAUUCUUAUUGAAUAAGAUUACUAGAAACGCUGUAAAAUUCAAUGUAUUUUAGCAUUUGGUAACAAUUGAUAGAGCCUGAUUAGUAUAUAAAUGGUAUCUGCCUAAAAUUUUCUUAUAUUUUGAAUAAAUGACACUUUUGCUGUAAAUAUAACAUGUACUCAUCAUGGAAAAGGACAUCCUUAUCACUAGUCCCUAUAAUUCUAUGUAUACAUGAAUGUGGGCACUCACAUAAACACUAUAUGAAUAAAGAGAGUUAGGGAGGAGAGUGCUUUUGAGGGUACGAUUUUCAUAAAAUGGGCCAGAAGUGAUGCUAAAAGUAGCUCUAUAUUUUCAAUAACUUACCAAAUUAAAUUACUGAGAAAGUGGCUUGAAGGGAAACCACUUCACCUUUCUCCUUGUUGUUUGAAAAAUAAGAAAAAAGGCCUGGCAAGAUGGCUCAGUGGGUAGAGGCCCUUCCAGAUAAGCCUCGUGACCUGAGUAUCAUCCCAGGACCAACAUGGUAGAAGAGAAUCGAUUUCCAUAGGCUGUCCUCAAUCCCACAUGUUGACGAUAUGUACACGCACACACACACAUACACACACACACACACACAAACUAACAAACACUAAAAAUUAAGAGAGAUUCUGCCUUAUUUUGCAUUUUAAAAAUAUGAUGUUCUUAUGAUCCCAUUGCUAUCCUAUGUUUUGAAGGAAACACAGGCUAUGUUUAUGAGGGAAUAACAUUUACCCUAAUAGAGGCCUCACUCAAAGCCCUCAUCCUGCAUUUCCUCUUCCAUCUGCAGUUGUCCUGUUUGGCUCACAUACUCAUCAUCCCUGUCUCAACAGAGCCUCUCACCUUUUGUUGAUUUGAGAUAAGGUCUUUCAGUGAAGGACUGGCCUCUGCCUAACCUCAGAGAGCCCUCCACGCUGAGAGCCCUCCACACUUUUCCAGCUUCCUUUGGAGACUCAGAGGUCUCUCACAGGGAGCCAGUGAGGCCCUCACACCUUUUUAUUAUUUCUUUUUUUUGAGUGGUUGGCUUUCAUGGCUGUCUCUCUGUACAAAUGACACUGGCAUAAAGGAACGUUUCAUGUAGAUAUCUUCAGAAAGGCCUCUGGGGCUGCAGAAGAGAGAUGUAUGACUUCCCUGAAAACAAGGUCAAGUUAAAAGCAGAACACACCACACAUGGAUGGCUGGAUUACUAAACUGAUCUGAGCCUGGCUUACUUGGGCCCACGAAGUAGGUUCUGCCUCUUGGGUAUACUCACCUUGGCUUGUUUCCUUGUAAUGGCUGUUACAAAGUACACCAAUAGUGUGUUUGGCUUGGUUUGGUUUAAUUUUAUUUUCCAUGA